UUGACCAGGAAAAAUCGAGAUGAAAAGGACACCUGGAGCCUGUGGAGAGAGUGGAGGGCUUUGAGAUUUUGUUGAGCUUUGUGUUCGUUUCGUUUUUUCUGGUUCAUUUGUUUUGCAAAUUUGUAUUGUUUGUUUCUGGUUUUUGCUUGCCCGCUCGCUUUCUCUGUGUGUUUGAAACCGCGGAGGAGGAAGAGGAGAGAGAGCUGCUGGAGUUUCUCUCUCUCUUCUUGCGAAUAUUUUGUUUUCUUUUAAUGUUCUAGAUUUUCUUUGGAGUUUGAAAUUGAAAUUGGAUCGCGAUUUGGGUUAGGGUUUGGGUUUGGAGGGAAGCUGAAACCAUGAAUGUCAUGCGUCGGCUCAAGAGUAUUGCUUCUGGUCGCUCCUCUUUUUCUUCUGAUCCUGGUGGGGAUAUUGGGACAAAGAGGGCGAAGGUUGAUCAAGAAACUGAACAGAAGGUCAAUGGGGAACUGAAUGCAGUUGAGAGCCGUGCCAAUGGCCUGGAGCAAAAUAUGGCUUCUUCUUCGUUGGAAACUGUUCCAAGCACUUCCAAUCCUUCAAAUGCUAGGACAGAAAAUUCCGGUUAUGAUCAGCUUCCCCAAGAAUUGCAUGAAAUGAGAAUAAGAGAGGAGAAAACUGCUGGCCACAAUGAUAAGGAUUUGGAGGCUACAGUUGUGAAAGGUAAUGGGACAGAAACAGGCCAGAUUAUUGCAACCAUAGUUGGUGGUCAGAAUGGACAACCAAAACAGACUAUCUCGUACAUGGCCGAGCGGGUGGUUGGCACUGGUUCUUUCGGAGUUGUCUUUCAGGCUAAGUGCCUGGAAACAGGUGAAUCAGUUGCAAUAAAGAAGGUGCUGCAAGAUAGAAGAUACAAGAACAGGGAACUUCAGAUUAUCCGCUUACUUGACCACCCUAACGUUGUUCAACUGAAGCAAUGUUUCUUGUCAACUACUGAAAAAGAUGAGCAAUAUCUCAACCUUGUAUUGGAGUAUGUAUCUGAAACUGUUUAUCGAGUUUCAAGGCACUAUAGCAGGGCAAACCAGUAUGUGCCCACUAUUUUUGUGCAGCUCUAUACAUACCAGAUUUGCCGUGCACUAAAUUACUUGCAUCAUGUUGUUGGUGUAUGUCACCGUGACAUAAAGCCACAGAACUUGUUGGUCAAUCCCCAUACGCAUCAGUUGAAAAUAUGUGAUUUUGGGAGUGCAAAGAUGCUGGUGCCAGGUGAACCCAACAUAUCAUAUAUUUGCUCGAGGUAUUAUCGGGCUCCAGAACUUAUAUUUGGGGCAACUGAAUAUACAACUGCUAUUGAUAUGUGGUCUGUUGGCUGUGUUUUGGCUGAGCUUCUCCUUGGACAUCCACUGUUCCCUGGCGAAAGUGGUGUUGAUCAGCUGGUUGAAAUCAUUAAGGUCCUGGGAACUCCAACUAGAGAAGAGAUUAAGUGCAUGAAUCCAAAUUAUACGGAGUUUAAGUUUCCUCAGAUCAAAGCACAUCCAUGGCACAAGAUAUUUCAGAAGCGAAUGCCCCCUGAAGCAGUGGAUCUCGUGUCAAGACUCCUUCAGUAUUCACCAAAUCUGCGUUGUACUGCGUUGGAGGCAUGCGCCCACCACUUUUUUGAUGACCUGAGGGACCCUAAUGCAUGCUUACCUAAUGGACGAGCACUUCCUCCUCUGUUCAAUUUUACAGCUCAAGAAUUGGCUGGUGCAUCUAUUGAAUUGCGUCAGCGUCUCGUCCCAGAACAUGCGAGGAAGUAGAAGUGACAAACAUGGUAUUGUCAUAUUUGUGUGGGGGGGGGGGGGGGGUUGGGCGCACUGUAAAUCAGUUUUGGAGUAACACAUUCUGCCUAACCCAAAUUUUCUUUGAGCUUUCGGCUUCAUGCUUUCACCUAUUAGUUUCCUCAAAUAUAUAUGCUUUAUAUGUGGGUAAUGAUAACUGAGAAAAAGGGUUACCAACGCAUUGGAAGGAGGCAGUUCAUGGGCUUUAUGAUGGAUCUCUGGAGGGACAUUAAGCAGAAAGAUGGGUGGGACUACUCGGGAAAGGAGCUUGCAACAUUUUCAUUACUUUUUUUUUUUUUUUUUUUGUUGAUAAACAACAUUGUCUUUACUUACAUGGUGUGUUUUAUAUAUCUCAACCUUGAAUGAGUAUGUCAACUUGCCAUUGCAGUUUAAUGGGCAGACCAAUGACAUGGUUGAUAGAGUUGAAUUGUUAGCCCUUCGUGACCAUUUUGGACGGUGCAUGAUGUAUUAUAAUUGGUAAAUGAAGUAUCAUGGAUGAUCUGAACAGUAAUUGAAAGAA